AUGGAAUUUGAAGACAUUAUGCUAAAGAAAAUAACUCAGAGUUCAACAGCUAAUUCAUCUGUGGAUGUAAAACAGUGCAAAAUAGAUUCAGCAGAAGUUCACUCUAGUGAGACUGUGUUUGUAGGUGCCAAAGUUGUUCUCUCUUGCUGUCCCACCUCCUCACCACAUUUGGUGUUAGCAACAUGGAAAAUAGACCUUGGUGGCAAGGUGAACUGCACCAUAGCUUACAAGGAAGACAAAAAUAAGACCAGCAACAACUGCAGUGACAAUAGAGUAACCUGGACCUCCAGACCUGACCAGAAUCCUGCCCUUCAGAUUGAUCCAGUGGCCAUCAGUCACAAAGGGAAGUAUACGUGUGAACUUGUAAUACCAGAUGGAAAUCUCCAGCGUAGUUAUAACCUCCAAGUGUUAGUGCCCCCUGAGGUGACCGCGUGGACAGAGCAGAGAAAUGCAGUGUGCAGGGCAGCUGCAGCAGGGAAGUCGACUACACAGAUCUCCUGGGCUCCAGAGGGAGCUUGUGCCACUACAGAGGAACAACAGCAUCAGGGCAAUGAGACAGUCACCGUCCAGAGUACAUGCUACUUGGCAGAAAAUAAUCUGUCUACUGUGAACUGUUCUGUUUUCUAUUUGUCUAGCAGCUGGACCAUACCCAUACAGCUGCAGCGGAGUCAAGGGGGAAACUCACUGGGAACAAUUUUGUCUUGUGCUAUUUCCCCAAUUCUUAUCAUCUUGACCAUCAUGGGAUCCAUUUUGUUUCUGAAAACCUAUCACUGCAGAAAAUGUAAACUGAAAGGAAGAGAAGAGUCUUUAGUUGUGGAGGAUGAAAUGCAGCCCUAUGCCAGCUACACAGAAAAGAAUAAUCCUCUAUAUGAUACUACAGACAGAACAAAGAUGUCUCAUGUUUAA